UGAUUGGUCGAAUCCCUCCCUUAAUCUUGGGUGCUCGUGGGGAUGGUUAAGGAGCGCUUGGCUGCUAGCUGAAAUCUGUGUGUAGUUUCGGGCCGUAAAACCAUUUUGGAUUUGCUUGCCUUCCUCUUUCUGAAGACUCUAGGUCGGCCGCCAGGGGUCCCGCCUCGCGCUGCUGUCUGGAGUCGUUCUCUUGUCACUGCCUGCCACAUCUUUGUUAAUAGAAGUGGAAACUGAUGCAUUGGGUGGGGGAAGGUCUUUCCCCUAACAAACUUCCCCCAAGGGUCCCAAAGACCUUGCAGAUUUGUCUAGUUUCUAGACAUAUAUACUUAAAUAUUCAGCGGAGAAGGGCUUAAAUAUUGGAGAAGAGAGUGGAAACUCUUAGCAUUUUAAGAGAUUUGUGUGUAUUUGCAAAACUGACUUGACCACGGUCCAACAUCCGCAGCGUGAGAUUCCUGAGCGUCCCGCCAGACCUGCUCCAACAUGUUCUCCUGUUGGUUAAGUCGGCUAUACUGGGCUUUAUCCAAACCCACCGGAAGGACCAAGCCGCUCAUCUGGGGUUUUCUCUCCCGAAGUCUGGUAUUGAGUUCACAAAGGAGAAUUCCAGAACUCAGUAGCUUCGUUGCCCGGACCAACACGUGUGGAGAGUUGCGUUCUUCUCACUUAGGUCAAGAAGUCACCUUAUGUGGAUGGAUUCAGUACCGAAGGCAGAAUAUCUUCCUGAUCCUAAGAGACUUCAAUGGGCUUGUUCAAGUUGUCAUUCCUCAGGAUGAGUCGGCUGCGUCUGUGAAGAAGAUUUUGUGUGAAGCCCCCGUGGAGUCUGUGGUGCAAGUGUCUGGGAUAGUAAUUUCCCGACCUCCAGGACAAGAGAAUCCAAAAAUGCCAACAGGUGAGAUUGAAAUCAAAGUUAAAACAGCUAAACUUCUGAAUUCCUGCAAGAAGCUGCCCUUUGAAAUCAAGGACUUUGUGAAGAAAACAGAGGCUCUUCGUUUGCAGUAUCGCUACUUAGACUUGCGUAGCAGCCAAAUGCAGUAUAACCUGCGACUGAGGUCCCAGAUGGUCAUGAAAAUGCGGGAAUAUCUCUGUAAUCUGCAUGGGUUUGUGGAUGUAGAAACACCAACAUUGUUUAAGAGGACUCCAGGGGGUGCAAAAGAGUUUGUCAUACCAUCCAGGGAACCUGGGAAGUUUUAUUCUCUUCCUCAGAGUCCUCAGCAGUUUAAGCAGCUUCUGAUGGUUGGUGGUUUAGACAGGUAUUUUCAGGUUGCCCGAUGUUACCGAGAUGAAGGUUCGAGACCAGACAGACAGCCUGAAUUUACUCAGAUUGACAUAGAGAUGUCUUUUGUAGACCAAACUGGGAUCCAGAGUCUAAUUGAGGGUUUGGUCCAGUAUUCGUGGCCCAAUGACAAAGAUCCUGUGGUGGUUCCUUUUCCUUCUAUGACUUUUGCUGAGGCGUUGGCCAGCUAUGGAACUGAUAAACCAGACACUCGCUUUGGGAUGAAGAUUGUGGAUAUCAGUGACGUGUUCAGAAACACAGAGGUCAGAUUUCUUCAGGAUGCACUUAGUAAACCCCAAGGAACCGUCAAAGCCAUAUGUAUCCCUGAAGGAGCAAAAUACUUAAAAAGAAAAGAUAUUGAGUCCAUUAGAAAAUCUGCAGCCGACCGUUUCAAACAGGAGGUCUUACCUGUAUUCCUGAAAGCCAGCAGAAAGUGGAAUUCUCCAGUUGCUAAGCUCAUAAUGGAGGAGCAAGGGCUGCGACUAAUCAGACUGCUGGAGGUCCAGGAAGAGGAUGUGGUCCUGCUAACUGCUGGAGAACACGAGAAAGCAUGCUCUUCGUUGGGAAUGUUACGCCUGGAGUGCGCUGACCUUCUAGAAGCAGAAGGAGUGGUGCUCCGUGACCCAGCUCUGUUCUCUUUCCUUUGGGUGGUGGAUUUCCCUCUCUUCCUCCCCAAGGAGGAAAAUCCCAAAGAACUGGAGUCAGCCCACCACCCGUUUACUGCUCCGCACCCCAGUGACGUCCGCCUCCUCUACACUGAGCCCCAAAAGGUCCGCAGCCAACACUAUGACUUGGUUCUAAACGGCAGUGAGAUAGGAGGCGGUUCUAUCCGAAUUCAUGAUGCAGAGCUGCAGCGUUACAUCCUGGCAACAAUAUUAAAGGAAGAUGUAGACCUGCUCUCCCAUCUGCUCCAGGCUUUGGAUUGUGGGGCGCCCCCUCAUGGAGGAAUUGCCUUAGGGUUAGACAGGCUGAUGUGCCUUAUCACCGGAGCACCGAGCAUCAGAGACGUCAUAGCCUUCCCCAAAUCUUUCCGGGGGCACGACCUCAUGAGCAACGCCCCAGACUCUAUCCCUCCUGAGGAACUGAAGCCCUAUCACAUCCAGGUCUCCUGGCCAACAGACCCAGAAGCAGAAAAGAGCUCAUUGAAUCAUCCAUGCCACCCAGAAAGCUGAGCUUUUGAGUUUUGUCCUCUGUGCUUCCCCAAGGCUAAAAUCAGAUCCGGAGUUCUGCUACAGAUCUGAUUUCAGGUCUUUAGAUGGAAGGAAUCCAGGCAACAUUCUUCACCACAGUGAAGAAACAGAUAAAAGGUAUGGAGGGGAGGGCAUAGCUCAGUGGAAGAGCGCUUGCUUAGCAUGCACAAGGUCCUGGGUUCAAUCCCCGGUACCUCCAUUAAAAUAAACCUAAUUACCACCCCUUCCCCCCAAAACCCAGAGGCACUAGAAGAUUGAUAUAUUUGGGUACAUAAAAAUAAUAAAGAAAUUUUUUAAAGGUAUCCAGUUUUGACUUGAUAAUAUGAAUUAUUAGGAUUAUUUUGGGACACUUUUGAAGUUUUUUUACUCAGAGAGAUGUGAAAGAUGGCUCUCUGUUGGAGUAAUAUAAGGGCACAGUGUUUUUCUAAUCAUGUUUUUCAUACCCAGAUAGUAAUGGUUCUCUCAGGACAGAGGUAGUCAAACCACAUGUGAAGUGUGGGAACGUUCUGAGCCCUUUAGACUCGUCAGUUGAUGGGAGGGGUCAGUUCAACCAGCCUUGUCAAGAAAAUCCCACAACGGAUACAAGCUAGAUAAUGACAUUCCAACUAUCAACACAAUCCAGUGAGAAGCAACACGAUGUAAUGCAAAAAAAAUCACUGAAAUGAAAGUCACAAAAUUUUAAUCAGUA